CUCUUCAUCCCUCCGCAUUCCACCCCCCCACACCGAUUUUCCCAUCUCUCUUCCGAUUGUGUCUUGUUCCAUGGAGCGCGAAAUCCAUCGCCGAGGUUUAGUCGCGCAUGCCCCUCCUCCAGGUUACUUUGUUCGCCUGGAAUAUCGGAGAGCUAAAGACGACCUUCUCUUGAAGAAGAGCUCUAGCAAGAAAAUGCGGCGGUGGCUUUGUUGUACUUGUCAAGUUGAAGAAUCUUACCCUACCAACGAUGAUGAGGUACUUAAAAGCCCGAGGAACCCUGUACAUGGGCAUCAAAAAAGUUCAAAGUCGUCUGCUCCUGUUAAACCUGAAGUGCAAAAGGCAGCACCACCUAUUGAGGUUCCUGCUUUGUCAUUGGAUGAGCUAAAAGAAAAGACUGAUAAUUUCGGAUCAAAGUCAUUGAUUGGUGAAGGAUCUUAUGGAAGAGUAUAUUAUGCUAACUUAAAUAGUGGAAAAGCUGUGUCUGUCAAAAAGCUUGAUGCUUCAUCUGAGGCCGGGUCAAAUGUUGAGUUUCUGACGCAGGUUUCCAUGGUAUCAAGGUUGAGGCACGAAAAUCUUGUUGAGUUGCUUGGUUACUGUGUUGAAGGGAAUCUUCGUGUGCUUGCAUAUGAGUUCGCAACCAUGGGAUCACUACAUGAUGUACUUCAUGGAAGAAAAGGAGUUCAAGGUGCGCAACCAGGCCCUGUCCUAGACUGGAUGCAGCGAGUGAAAAUUGCUGUUGAUGCAGCAAGGGGAUUGGAAUAUUUGCAUGAGAAGGUUCAGCCUUCUAUAAUCCAUAGGGAUAUUAGGUCCAGCAAUGUGCUUCUGUUUGAAGACUUCAAAGCCAAAAUUGCAGAUUUUAAUCUGUCAAAUCAGGCACCUGACAUGGCUGCCCGUCUUCAUUCCACCAGAGUUUUGGGAACCUUCGGCUAUCACGCUCCAGAGUAUGCAAUGACUGGACAAUUGACACAGAAAAGUGACGUGUAUAGCUUUGGAGUUGUUCUUCUAGAGCUUUUAACUGGGAGGAAACCUGUGGAUCAUACCAUGCCUCGUGGACAGCAGAGUCUUGUUACCUGGGCAACUCCAAGAUUGAGCGAAGACAAAGUUAAACAGUGUGUAGAUCCAAGGCUUAGUGGAGAUUAUCCUCCAAAGGGACUUGCCAAGUUGGCAGCUGUUGCUGCCUUGUGUGUGCAAUAUGAAGCGGAGUUUCGGCCCAAUAUGAGCAUCGUUGUCAAGGCUUUGCAGCCUCUGCUGAAGGCUGCAGCACCUGCUCCACAGACUUGAGCGAAACGAAUUCGAAAUCCUUCUGCAACGCAAUAUCAUCCUAUGCAUAGUUUGCUCCAUGUUCUCUGGCACAUGUGAUGAGUUUUUUUUUCCCACUUCUCGGAGUUAUUAUGGGAGGAGUUGUUCUCGGACGGGAGAUUGUAUCUAGAGGAUGCGAGGGGUCCAUGCGAUGCAGCUGCUAACUCAGUCAGUGCUGGCAUAAGACCCAGUUAGUUUUUCUUUUUUUGUCUAAGCUGUCUUUAUGGACAUAUCUUCUAUUCUUUUUAAGUAAAA